UCAGCGUGCGGGAAAUAGUCGCCAGUCGAACGUCGAACAGGUCGCGUAUAAUCGCACUCUCCGGUGAUACAGGCGGACUAAAGAUUACCGAACGGGAGCACUGGUAGCGCCGUGGCAGGUUCAGUGGACUUUUCGCGCAAAACCCUACAACCUCGGGGAAGCCGCGUUCAAUAGAGUAUUUUGUGCGUCGCGAUUCGCAGCAAUUUGAGGAAUUUGAAAUCAACCGCGCUGGUUUUUCGGCAUUUGUAUGAGUGCAACUAUUGAAUCGCUGAAAAGAAGUGAAAAAAUAUACGGCAAAACUAGCCUCCCGCGGAUACUUCAUUCGUCUGUAAGGAACAUCUCAUACGUUCACACACAUACCUUCAUACUUACCAUCACAGGCUGAGUGAGAGACAGAGCUAAGUGAAAGAUACCUGUGCAAUUGGUGGAGAAAACGUGAUUCCUAGGUUUACCAAACUGCAGCCAUCCGCACACCACUACGCUAGCAGCAGCAGCAGAGUCGAAAAAGAGAACAACACAGAAACCGCCAUAAUUGCGAUGUUUUUCUUGUGUUACUGCAGCAGCGAACCGAUGGAGCAACGCCAGAGUCCGGAGCCAGCUUUCAGCUUUAGUCUCAGUAGAAUUUUUUUUUCAUGACGUUAACGAACGACAGAAGUGAAACAAAGUAGUGAUGUCCGGUGCUGAUUUGUGAUUGUGUCAAAUAGGGAAUUGUCAGCUUCGGAACUGCGUUACCUAGGCACCGAGGAACGGCAGGCGCUCGGGCUACUUGACCAAUACCAACAACGCAAACUGAGUUAUUGUUAUUAAAUUUUUUCCGUCAAGUUAGCAAAAACACUCGUCCAAAAUGCCUAAAUCGAUGAACGUACGCGUCACAACGAUGGACGCCGAGUUGGAGUUCGCGAUACAGCAGAGCACCACCGGCAAGCAGCUGUUCGACCAGGUCGUCAAAACCAUCGGCCUUCGGGAGGUGUGGUUUUUCGGACUGCAGUACACAGACUCCAAAGGUGAUCUGACGUGGAUUAAGCUGUACAAAAAGCCUGAAAAUGUCGUCUGUAAGCACAUGAAAAAACUUAAAACUAUUAUCAAGCGGAACAUUGAGCAGCGCAUUUCGACCGGACAGCAGAAGGCUGAUGGUGACGAUGAGCAAGACUCGGACGGAGACGAUAUGACUGGAUCGAUGCCUUUCUCACGAUGGGUCAUGAGCCAGGACGUCCAGAAGAGUGACCCACUUCAGUUCAAGUUCCGUGCCAAAUUCUACCCGGAGGACGUCGCCGAAGAGCUGAUCCAGGACAUUACCCUGCGACUGUUCUACCUGCAGGUCAAGAAUGCGAUCCUCUCGGAUGAAAUCUACUGCCCGCCGGAAACGUCGGUGCUGCUGGCGUCCUAUGCCGUCCAAGCCCGCCACGGCGACUACAAUAAGACAACACACACGCCCGGUUUCCUCGUUAACGACCGAUUGCUGCCGCAGCGCGUCAUUGAUCAACAUAAAAUGUCCAAGGAUGAAUGGGAGAACUCGAUCACCACCUGGUGGCAAGAGCAUCGUGGAAUGCUUCGCGAAGACGCCAUGAUGGAAUAUUUAAAGAUCGCACAGGAUCUGGAAAUGUAUGGCGUCAAUUACUUCGAAAUUCGCAACAAGAAGGGCACCGAGCUGUGGCUCGGCGUUGACGCACUUGGCCUCAACAUCUACGAGAAGGACGACAGGCUCACGCCAAAGAUCGGUUUCCCGUGGUCCGAGAUACGAAACAUUUCGUUUAACGAUAGGAAGUUUAUCAUCAAGCCAAUCGACAAAAAAGCCCCUGAUUUUGUUUUCUUCGCUCCUCGCGUUCGCAUCAACAAGCGCAUCCUGGCGCUGUGCAUGGGUAACCACGAACUGUACAUGCGCCGCCGCAAGCCCGAUACGAUCGAUGUGCAACAGAUGAAAGCGCAGGCUCGAGAGGAGAAGAACGCCAAGCAGCAGGAGCGCGAAAAGUUGCAGCUGGCACUUGCCGCUCGCGAACGCGCAGAGAAGAAACAGCAGGAGUAUGAGGACCGACUGCGAACCAUGCAGGAGGAAAUGGAACGCUCACAGGCCAACCUGAUCGAAGCCCAGGACAUGAUUCGCCGCCUGGAAGAACAGCUCAAACAGUUGCAGGCCGCCAAGGAUGAAUUGGAAGCGCGCCAGAACGAACUGCAGGUCAUGAUCCGGCGUCUGGAAGAAACCAAGAACAUGGAAGCGGCUGAACGUGCCAAACUGGAGGAGGAGAUUCGCUUCAAACAGGAGGAGGUGCAGAAGAUCCAGGACGAAGUCUCGAUAAAGGACUCCGAAACCAAACGCCUGCAGGAGGAGGUCGAAGAGGCCAGACGGAAACAGGUAAAGCGUAAAAACGAAGCGGCAGCCGCACUGCUGGCCGCGACAACCACGCCCAAGCACCAUCACGUCGAAGAGGAAGAGGAUAAUGAGGAGGAACUUACGAAUGGCGAAAAUGGUACCCAGGACUUCUCCAAGGACUUCGACACCGACGAGCACAUAAAGGACCCCGUCGAAGAGAGACGCACGCUGGCCGAACGUAACGAGCGUCUGCACGAUCAGCUUAAGGCACUCAAGCAAGACCUUGCCCUGUCCCGCGACGACACAAUGGAGACGGCGAACGACAAGAUCCACCGCGAGAAUGUGCGCCAGGGUCGCGACAAGUAUAAGACACUGCGCGAAAUCCGCAAAGGUAACACCAAGCGCCGCGUAGAUCAGUUCGAGAACAUGUAAGAAGACGUAGUACUCUAUGUCAACCGGGACGGGAAGCAGCGACCACCAGGACCGACGGUCAGUCGGUUGGGGAAAGUCGAUCGUGCACUGUCGGCGGCUAUCCGCUGCGGCGGUAGCGGCGCAGCACCAGCAAGCGGUAAUUUCUAACAUUAGUUGUAAUAGAAUUGUAACAGUUUAUAAAAGUGUAGUACUAGGUAACGUUCGGUAUAGGAUAUAGAAUGGGAGAAUGUGAAGAGGAAAAAAAUCCGCGCGUGUGUGUUAGUGAAUAGAAAACGAGCGAGAGAGGAAGAUCGAGGAAUUAAUGGUGAUUUUAGUAGCAAAUCACUAUUGUUAAUAUCGUAGUUUUGUUCUGUUAUUGGCUUCGGGUUUUUGUUUAAGUUCGAAAGCUAAACACACACAUACACAUACACACGCGCGCGUGUAUGCACACAGAGAACAAGAAUUCAUUAUUUGGUAGCGAAGCAAGAGAAGAUUUGCCCAAGGCAAACAAAAUUUACUAUUUAUUGGUCGGUUGUGGCGGUUUACACAUUCGCAAACACACACACAGCGAGGCCAAUUUCCCCCCUGCAACUAACUAAUGAGACAGCUGUUAGAAUACAGAAUUUAGAUUUAUAGGACCAAAAAGUGGUGGUUUGUUGUCUUCGAUUUAACCUUUAUCAUUUCGAUAUAUCAUGUCUAUUUUAUCUGGUUUAGAAGUAGUUUUCUUUUGGCAAAAGUAUUCAAGCAGAGUUUCCUUUUUUCAAGCCAAACUUUUUCAUUCCCUCCUGGUGUAUUUUUAUUAUAUGUAGAAAUUACUUGAAGAUAACUGAAUAACAAAACGAUAGGAAGCAUACUAUUUGUAGGAUGACCAUGUUGUUAUUGCCAGCGGAACAGAAAAAUUAGACUAUUGAGGAUGGUAGUAGAAGUUCGGGCAGUAGUGUGUGAGUGUUAGAAGUAUGACUUUGUAUAAGCUAGCCACACAAACAGCAUACUAUUACUUUGUUUGCACUCAAACACAUUCACACUCAGAGAAGAAAACGCAAAUUUUCGACCAGUCGUCGGCGGUUUGCUUGUUGGGCAGCAUUUUCCGCCACUUCGUUUAACCUAAGUAGAAGCGAUACGACAGAGAAAACGGGAGGAAACCGCUAACUAAUACUUACUACUUCUAGUUUCCCUUAUUCAUUGAUUAUUCACUAAAUGAUAAAUACACGAGCAAGUUGAGAGAAAAAAAACAAGGGGAUCAAAAAUAAUAAUAAUAAUUAUAAUCAAGUGGAGCGGAGUAACCGCGAAGUAGUAGCAGCGAGAAACGGGAAUAAAUUGUUAUUAAGUUUAAUCGAUUACUCGUAGGAAUUGAUACUAAGUUUAAAACACAAACAAAAGCAUAUAAAAAAAGAAGCAAAAGCAGAAGAAAACAUAUGUUGAUAAUUUUAGCGUUUAGGGAAUUCAAGCAACAAUAAUUUGCAGUUGUUUUCACACGCAAUCAAGUGGAGAACCCGUUACAAACAGAGCUAGAACAAGAAAAAAAUUAAUUAAAAAAAAAAACGUAUAUAAAAUUGAUAAAUUCGUUGGGUUUCUCUUGGUUGAUUCGGAGAGAAUGUGGGUUUGGCGCAGGGGAAUAUUUUCUUCUCGCUCUAGUGUGUUACAUCCUCUACUGUUGUGUAUACCCCGUGGUAGAGCAUUGUGCAUAAUAAUCUUAGCAUUUCUGUGCAUACAGCCGUGGACGCCAGAAGACCACAAAAAUGAAUAUAAUUUCUAUCUGCCAUUUUUAAGUUUUAUUAUUUUUUUAUUUCUUUGUUUAAAUUAUUUUUAAUAAAUUGGAUAAUUGAGAAUCGAUGAUACUGCAAGCAAAAGUUACACACAACAUAUACACAUACAUGGACACUAUUCAGAGCAGACACUCACAUCAACACAUAAGCGCAUGCUAGGAGUGACAAAGCCCCCAAUCGGAGAAGUAUAACUGAAAAAAAUAAGUAUGAAAAACUUAUACACUUAUGACCAUCAAUAAAACGAGAAAAUCUCUACGCGUAAGCGCGUGGGAAAACGGUCUGACUUUUCGCCAAAGGUUUUGAGUGACUUCCACCACGCAACUUUUUGUUUGGCAUCUCCGAUUGUCUGUUCUUCCCUAGUGCCAGUAUUCUAUCCGUUUUCCGUGUUAACUUACCAUCGGUUCCCUUUCUUUUUGGGCCGAGUCUGGUCAUCCGCGCUACAUCUUUGGUGAAAAUUCAGACCUUGUAAUGUAAUUAUACAAAAAAAAACUUUGAUUUUCUUAUUUUUCAUUUCUUCGAAAUAUCCUUUCGUUUUUUUUUCUUAUUUCUGUUACUAAUCCAUCAAUUACGAGUAGCAAAAUUGCUGUUUUGUGAUAUUCGAACAUUAAUCUCGCUAACAAUAGACUGAUUGCAUCAGCGAAACUAAACUGAACGAAAAAAAAAAAAUCAAAAGUGCUUUGAUUCUAAAAGAAACAACAGAAAGACUACAAAUCCAUACAAAUAUUACAGCCUAACUUAACAGACAGAUGUUGAAAAAUUCGCUUUUGCGUCAGAAUAGCAGGAAGCUUUAGGAACGUUUAUAAAACGAUCGUGUUUGCCAAGCAAAUUCCAACUGCUGAAUGCAGGAAAAUAAUUCCGUUUACUUUCAGCUUUUCGGAAGCAAUAAUACUUUUAAUUGCGCGAAACCGGAAUUGUCAAUAUGCUGCUAAAAAUCUACUAUUCGGUCUAACCUCUGAAGGUCUAGAUGCAAUCCUACGAAGGCACAUUGCAAUAAAAUGUUUGAGUUCUCA